AUGUUCAAACAGACCUUCUCUGCGCCUGUGGAAUCCACUUCCACAGGCUUAGUUAGCACCCCGACUGCGUUUAUACAUACAGAUGGGACACGGAGUAUUUCUGGGGGUGAUGCAACAAGUGUAUACAGCAAGUAUUUAAGUAGGAAAAGAGAUGAAAGCAAAGAUGUGAACGAUUUAGAUGACACCGAUGACAUGUCGAUGUCAAGGAGCGCACGUCUGGGCGACUUGGAUACGGAUACCAUAGAGCAGUCGAGCAUAGACAAGCCAAUAGCUCAG